AUGGAACUGGAGUUCGAACUUCAUCCUGAGCUUCAAGCACAGAGGGAGUCUGUCAUGAAGCAGUACUCAGUGCACAAUGAUUAUUUAAGUAAAUCCAUUUUCAACGAGUUCAUCUCUAUAAUGGCUUCCGAAGUCAAGAGUGCCAUCUUUGAAGAGGUAGUUCAAGCGAAAUUCUUUAGAAUGAUAGUUGACAAGUGUAAGAACAUCAGCAACUUUGAAAAACUGAGUCUAUGUCUUCACUAUUCUAUUGACUCCAGGCCUACCAAGAAGUUUGUCACGGUUAUUCACUCACCUGUCAGAAGGAGCGCUCAUCCACUGCAGAAGUUAUUGCUAAAGAAAUCGAAAAGCUGGUAACCGAGCUUGUUGGAAUUGCUUGUGUGUUGACAGGCUUGGCUGCAGAUGGAGCUUCAGUUAUGUCGGGUGAACUGUCAGGAGUGCAAGCACUACCAAAAAAGAAAUAUCCAUGGCUUAUUUACAUCCACUGUGUAGCACACCGUCUAAACCUUGUCAUUAAUUCACUUAGUAAAUGCUGCAAACAAAUAUUGACACUUGUAGACAAACUGCAUUCAGUCUUCAGCUCUGCUAAAACAAAUGAUGUGUUUUACCAAAAUUCAAAGAGAGAACAAAGUCAACAUCUUUGCUAUGCCUGA